UUCUUUUCACAUGGCAGAGAAAAGCACAGCUCACGCCACGAGAAAAUACAGAAAUUUGAAGAAUUUGUUGAUCGCCGCCUUAAACCGGAUCUCGUUCGUGCUAUUGCCGAACGGGAUAAGGUUUUUGACCAACCCAAAUUGGACUCGGAUUUGCGAAAGAACAUAGAAAGUUUAGAGAAAAACGGUGUAACUAGUCUUCGGACAUUGGUUAAUCUUGGGUCUGAAGUGUACAUGCAAGCAGAAGUUCCAGAUGCACAACGUAUAUUUGUGGAUAUUGGAGUUGGGUUCCAUGUGGAGUUCACCUGGUCAGAAGCAUUGAAGUUCAUCUCACUGAGGGAGGAAAAGCUUGAAAAGCAAAUAGAGGAGUAUACCCGCUUAGUUGCAUCAAUUAAAGCACAGAUUACGCUGGUUUGUGAAGGAAUUCGAGAGUUGCUUCAGAUCCCGGAAGAGAACCGUAGAAGGGGCGUGUUUUUUAGCACAUACAACUAGAAUAUGUAUGAAUUCUGUUUAACUUGUCCUAGUGACUAACAUUGUUUGUGAGAGUGAGGAAAUGGAGCAGAAUGAAGUGG